UUUUGAAGAUCACUGUUUCGUUUUGUAAGGUAGUUUGGAAAAGGAAAAGGUUUCUUCCAUUCCAUCGAUGGCGGCGGUAUACUGUUGCAGGGAGUGCGGCGCCAAUUUGAAUCUGGACGCGGCGGAGCUCUUCCCUCCGGACUUCUAUUUCGAGGCCGGCAACAAGAAGACGCUUUCGUUCUCCGCCGUGGAUUCUUCAAAGUUCAGGUUCGAGAAAGAGGACAAAAUCAGGCCCUUUUUCGAGACAGUUAAUUAUUGGGGCAUCCAGCGGAAACGCAUCAAAAUUAAGUGCAACAGCUGCACCAAAGUGGUGGGUCACAUCUACGACGACGGUCCGCCGUUGACGAACAGCAUCGGGCAGCUCGGCUUCGGGCCCAGCCAGGCCGUGCCUAGAAACCCUAGAUUCAGGUUCAAGAACAAGGCCUUGUCAAUAAAUUCUCAAACUUAACAGAAAUCUUUAGAUAUAUAUAUCUGUUGAUUGUGUACAUGAUAAAUAGGGUUGAAGAUAUGAUGUGGUCCAAACAUGGGUGAAUUUCUUUGUGUUGUCGAUGGAAUAAUUAAGAAGAUUCAUGUGCUGCCUUUUCCAUCCCUCUCUAAUGGUUUAACCCAAAUUGGAAAUUGAGGGUUCUUGGCACUAUUCCAUUUGUGAGCUAUAUAUAGCUAGCUAGCUAACUUCAUUCAUGGAUUUGAUGAUGUUCUAAAGAUGUUUCACUAACUAAUUAUUGAUCCAUUGUUGUGAUAAAUCACUUCAAUCUUGAUUAGCUGUUGAAACUGUGACUGUCCUCAUUUAAUCAAUCAAUCAAUCAAUUAUCUAGUUUAUUCCAUGUUCA